AUGCGCAACCUGCGAAAUAUCCGAUACGAUGUAUGCCAAACAGACUUGGACGUUACGGCGACGUGCUGGGAUGCCGGAAGCGACGACAUUCUUGUAACUUUCGGUCCCACAGAAGCAGACUCCAACAUCACGUUGGCAAGGAUUAGCGAUGAGCCUGGGUCAAGUCGCCUAAAAUGCGUCACGGUUGCCUCUUGGGAAGCACCAAGCCCGCACCCAGAUAUUCCAUUCGACCACGUCGUCAGUCUGCACCACUUCAGCGACAAUGCCAUGACAUGCCUGGUCCUUUCUGGGGGAGAUGUCGUCACAGUACAGGAGGACCAAUAUGCCACCACACCCGGAGCCGCCCACAUUGAGAUUGCUGGCUCCAUCGACGCCGGCAUCGCUGCGGCGCGUUGGUCCUACGACGAUGAACUGCUCGUCCUCGCAACCAAAGCAGACACUGUGAUAUUCAUGAGCCGCAGCUUUGACGCCAUCGCCGAGGUGACCAUGACGGCGGAAGACCUCCAGGCCUCUAAACACGUCUCAGUCGGCUGGGGCAAGAAGGAAACACAGUUCCAGGGCAAGGGAGCAAAGGCGCUACGGGAUCCUACCAUACCUGAGAAGGUGGACCAGGGCUUGCCGAGCCCCCUGGAAGAUUCCAGCACUACCAUCAGCUGGCGAGAGGACGGUGCGUAUGUUGCAAUCAACAGCGUCCAGGCGGGCUCGCGCAGGGUCAUCCGGGUCUAUACAAGAGAAGGGGUAUUGGAUAGCGCGAGUGAGCCGGUUGACUGUCUGGAGGGAAGCCUGAGCUGGAGGCCGUCAGGCAACUUGGUCGCCGGAAUACAGCGACUCUCCGAUCGGGUAGACGUUGUCUUCUUUGAGAGGAACGGCUUGAGACACGGCCAAUUCACCCUGCGCUUUCCCCCUGAGCUGCCGAGCACCAACAUACCCAUAAAUCUCGAAUGGAACCCAGACUCGACUGUCCUUGCCGUGAGCUUUGGUGACACUGUUCAGCUGUGGACUAUGGGCAACUAUCACUGGUAUCUGAAGCAAGAAGUAAGAUGUGCCUCAACGUGCUUCAGGCCGUCUUGGCAUCCAGAAAAGCCCAUGCGACUCUCUUUUGGUGCUAAGAAAUCUGUGGCCGACACCGAAUGGGUAUUCUAUACGUCAAGGGGCUCUCUGCUCCCUCCCCAUGAUUAUGGUGCGGUUGCAGUCGUCGAUGGAAACAAGGUCAAGAUAACACCGUUUUGCACCGCAACAAUACCACCUCCUAUGGCCAUGUUUGAGCUUGAAGCCACGACAAGUGUUGUAGACGUUGCCUUCACGCCUGACAAUUCACAUAUGGCAGUGCUGCACCACACAGGCGUGGAUGUAUAUGAAUGGCAGACCAAGGCUGGGAGAUCAUUAUGCCCGAAGCAAGCGAUUCAAGUCCCAUUAAAUGCAGCUGGCCCGCAAGAUCUUACUUCACCUUUGCAAGUGGCCAUGUCGAGCGCGGAGGAUCUUGCUUUGCUAAGUGUAAAGAGCGGUAAAUCGCUUGCUUCGAUUUAUAAGCUCGCAUCUGAGAAGCCGGAAUUACUUUAUGAGCUUGACGCACAGGGGUUUUCCGGAUUCGUUUCCUCUUCCACAGCCCCGUUAUUACCAUGUAUACAGGAUCGCUCGGGGAAGCUCCUACAACCUUGUGCAGAGGGCCAAACAUUGCUUCCCGUCAAGUUCUCCACCCAACUCCCCUGGGCAGAAAUUCUCCUGCAUGACGACAGCACCCUGGCUGUAGGGAUGUCGAGAGGUGGGCAGCUCUACGCAAACACUCGAUUGCUCGCCAAGAACUGUACAUCUUUUGUUGUUACGGGGGAUCACCUGAUAUUCACGACAACCAACCACUUUUUAAAGCUGGUGCAUCUGACUGGUGUCGAAGCAGAGCUCGAGGUACCGGCAGAUGAUCCAGAGGUUGAUGAAAGAUGUCGAAGCAUCGAGCGAGGCGCAAGGCUCGUAACGGCUAUACCCAGCAACAUGAAUGUAGUUCUCCAGAUGCCGAGGGGCAACCUCGAGACAAUAUUCCCUAGAGCAAUGGUGGUUGCGGGGAUCCGCCAGCUCAUCAACGACAAGAACUACGCGAGAGCCUUUUCAUAUUGCCGGACGCAAAGGGUUGAUAUGAACAUACUCUAUGACCACAGGCCGGAGCAGUUUCUUGCCAACGUGGGUCUCUUCUUGGACCAGCUGGCUGACACCAGCUACAUUGACCUGUUUCUCUCAUCCCUCAGGGAGGAGGAUGUCACUCAAACAAUGUACAAGGACACAAAGAAAUCGAAGCUUGCAUGGGCUCCUUCUUCAGCUCCCUCCCCAUCUCACGAAAACCCACUGGCUGCAUCACUUUCCGACCCAAAGUCAUCCAAGGUCAAUACCGUUUGCGAUGCUGUGCUAAAAGAACUGGAAGCCAGGAACUCAGCAAGUCUCCAAAACAUAAUAACGGCUCACGUCUGCAAAAACCCUCCUGCCCUAGAUGAUGGGUUGACCGUUAUUGCGGGACUUAUGAAGGAGAACGAGGCCCUCGCAGAGAAGGCGGUCGAGCACAUUUGUUUCCUGGUGGAUGUCAACCGGUUAUAUGACAAUGCUCUGGGCCUGUACAAUCUCGAAUUGGCUCUGCUUGUAGCUCAGCAAUCUCAGCGCGAUCCCCGAGAGUACCUGCCUUUCGUGCAGAGUCUUCAUCAACUUUCGCAACUGCGACGCUGCUUCACCAUCGACGAUCACCUUGGAAAUCGCGAAAAGGCUCUUGGACAUCUCAAGGCCGAUAACGACUUUGAGGCCGUUAAGGAUUAUGCGGUCAGGCAUAGCCUCUACCAAACCGCCCUGGGUCUGUAUCGGUACGAAGCUGAGCAGUCGCGCACAUUGAUGGCACUGUACGCCGAAUACCUCGAGUCAAACUCCAAGAACCGAGAGGCCGGAUUGGCUUAUGAGGCCCUAGGCAAAUUCGCCGAAGCGACGGGUUGCUAUCGUGCAGCUGGCCCGUCAUCCUGGCGCGAAUGUCUGGCAGCAGCACAAAAGCAGCAGCCGCCGCCAGCGCAGGGUAGCUUGGCUGAGCUUGCCGAGUCCUUGGCCGACGCUUUGAACGAAGCCAAGGACUAUGUGGGAGCAGCGACCAUCCACAGAGACUUCCUGAACGACCCGGCCACAGCCAUCCAGCUCCUGUGCAAGGGUUCCCUCUUCGCAGACGCAAUGCUGCUGGCUGCCACGAACAGCCAGGCCGGCCUCGACGGUGAGGUGGACAGUGGUAUGACGGAAGCCUUCGCCUCCUCGACCGAGCUCCUGGCGGACUGUAAAGCACAGCUCAAGGCCCAGGUCCCUCGCAUCCUAGAUCUCCGCCGCAAAGCAGCCGAGGAUCCGCUAGGGUUCUACGAAGGUGAACGGCCUGGCGGUGGCGACGGCGAUGUGCCCGAUGACGUCUCGGUCGCAGCCAGCUCGCGGCUCAGCACAAGCGCGAGCCUUUUCACGCGCUACACGGGCAAGGAGGGCAGUAUCGGCACGGCCGGGACCGGGGUCAGUCGGGCGACGCACAAGAACCGCAAGCGCGAGGAGAAGAAGCGCGCCAGGGGACGCAAGGGCACUGUCUAUGAGGAAGAGUACCUCGUAAACAGCACACGGCGGCUCAUCGAGCGGGUCAACUCGGUCGGUGCCGAGAUCGAGGCCCUCGUCGCGGGGCUGUUUAGGCGCGGGAUGCUUGAACAGGCCAGGGCCGUGGAGGCCUUGUUGGCCGAGGUGGUUGAGGGAUGCCGGCUUGCCGUACAGCAGGUGUGGUCCGGCAGUGAGGUGAAGGCUGCUGACGGACAUCAGCAACAGAACGGCCAAGGGGCGACGGGUGGAGAUGCCGUGCUGGAGGCUGCGAUGGAGGCUAGAGUGGCUAAGCAGGAGCCUCCUUUGUUACCUACAUUCCAGCGAUUAUCUUUACUGGGGUAG